AUGACAGAAUCGUCGGGUUUCAAUACCUUUGGCUUCGUGGCUAGCAUACUGAGUGUUGCCGCCCUACUGGGUCCAGUAUUUGGUGUCAUCUACUUUUAUCUACCAUCCCGCCGACAGAAAUACCUAGAUGAACUCCUGUGCGAAACAGAAGGACUAUGGCGCACGGCCGUUGAAGAAGGUCUCUUUACCGGCUCACCCUUUAUGAAGAAAACUGAACAGACUUUGGCUCAUUAUCGCUCCCAAGCGAGCCAUCUACGCGUGCGAACAUAUUACGCGACAACUCUUUAUCGGCAGGUGAAAGGCACCGUGACUGGCCUUUCGCUGAAACUCGUUUAUUUGUGCAGAGAGGUCACCGAGCUCCGCGCCACAAUCACAACCACGACUACUGAGGAGCGUAAGAGGCUUCAGAAUGAAGGCCACUAUAACCCUUUGGGUUCGCAGAGCAUCGCACGCCCUGCAGGUAAGACUGCGAACCCUCGGAAUUCCUUCGACGAGGUUGCAUGUUCCUCGUCUGAGAGCGCGCCCCAUAUUGAUGGCACAGAUAACAAGGAUUGUCCUCACCGUCCUGGAUCUCUAGCUAUAGCACCGACGGAAGACGAGUCCUCAAGCUUAGCAAGCUUGGAUAGCGAAGAUUUCGAGUCGAGACACACUUCCUCUGCCACUGUAAAUGUCGAGGAAGUGCCCAUUCAGGUCGUAGAGAAGGAUUUGGGUGUCAUACGUCCAUCACUCUGUGCCGAGUCCAAUCAAGAAAAUGACGCGGCUCCGCAGCAGCACCUUCCCCCUACAGAUUCCACUCUCUACAAGAUCCUUGAUCGUGUCUAUCACGACCUGAGCGCCGAGGGCCAGAGCCACCCACUGCUCUCAGCAGCCGCACAAUAUACCCGCGCUCCUCACACUAUCGACCUUGAGUCUCUCCUUCAAGAAUACGAAGGCGAUGCGUCGAUGACACCGUCGGGAAGCCUAAAGGUGCAGACGGCCAGACUAUGA